AUGGCCGAAGAGGUGGAAAGUGCAUCUCAUGAGAUGAAAGACGAAAGUCCUUUGGUCGAAGAGAUUGCAAUCCCAAGUGUGACACAACUCCAUAAAAUUGGUGUCAAAUUUCAUCCAACAAAGGGUGGCUUGGGAUCUAUCAAUUUCGACAAGUCUUGUGGUACAUUUUACCUUCCGGUUAUUCAGUUGGAUGAUAACUCGGAAGUUGUGCUGAGGAACCUCGUGGCCUAUGAGGCAUGUAUUUCUCCGGAGGUGAUGGUUUUUACACGUUACAUGGAAAUGAUGAAUGGAAUAAUUGAUACGGAGGAAGAUGUAAGAAUUCUUCGAGAGGCAGGGAUCAUCUUGAAUCGCCUCAAAAGCGAUAAAGAAGUGGCAGCGCUCUGGAAUGGCAUGACGAAGUCUGUGAGGGUAACGAAAGUUCCAAUUCUCGACAAGGCCAUUAAAGGUGCAAAUACUUAUUAUUCGGAGAGUUGGAAGGCCAGGAUUAAUGUGAUCAUGAAAAAGUAUAUAUGUGGUUCAUGGCCAUACCUUACGUUUUUAGCUGCUAACAUGUUGAUAUUGUUAUCUGCCCUGGAGACUGCUUGUUCUGUGUACAGUUGCUCCAAAUGGGUGGCGGCCGCUUUAUGA